GUCACUCGGUGAAACGGCGCUGGGAGUGAGUGCGCAGUGUAACUGAGGGUUCAUCACUUUUAUGAUGUUUUGCUGAGCUGUCCUGUAAAUCUGUCGCUCAAAACCGAUACGAACAGGAGGAACGGCCACGAUGCUGCGUGUGUGCUUGAAAGGAGCGAAUGCAGCGGCGCGGAAAUGCACUUGCGGGAAGGUCGCAGUCCACCCCCUGCAGCACUGCCGUCGCUACACUUCAGCUGGAAACUCAGGGUCUGCUGCUGGUAAGAUUGUAGCUGCCAGUCUUCUGACAGUUGGUGGUGGGUUGGGUGGUACAAUCCUGUAUGCCAAAUGGGACCCCAAAUUCAGGGCAAACAUUGAGAAGAGCGUUCCCUAUUCCGACCAGCUCUUCGAGAUGACGCUUGGUCCCCCUCCACCACCAUUUGUCCCUUUGCAAAAGAAACCGGUCAAGGUUGAACCACUGCAGAUAUCUUCGGUGUCUGAAGCCUCUAAGGACUCAAAGCAGCCCAAAGCAAAAGGCAAAACUAAAGAUAAGCAGCCGGAGCCAGCACCUGUAGAACCCAAGCCUGCUGUAGACGAAACCCCAGCUCAGUCACAACAGACCAUUGAGGAGGCCUCAGCUGAGGCGGCCCAUAUCAUUUCAGCCAUGAGUGAGGUGCAGUCUGUGCCCGCCCCGGGCACUAGCCACGAACCACCGACCUCCGAGCCCGAAGCCCAGACCCUUUCGCCCGGCCAGCCUGCGGCAGCUGAAGAAUGCUGCUCUGAGUGUGCUCCCGACGAACAUGCCCUCAAAGAGCGACCUGUGGAGGAAGUGUCUGCCCGCUUAGCUCAGCAGGACCAGGCAGAACAGGAUGCUCUGUCCGUUUUGUCAGGUGACCUUGAGGAUGCUCUGGGGAUCUCAGCCAAGUUCACCCUGCAGGCCAUUGGAGCACAGGAGGUAGCCCUCACUGCCAUCGGCAGACACACACAGAAACUCAGAGAGGCCAUGGACUCGGAGGACCCUCCAGAUAAGAAGUCGGCUCAGUGGAAGGAGCUGGAGGAUGCACUGAGUGAUCGAACCCGUACUGUGGACCAAGCUGGACAGGCUCUCCUCCAGGCCAAAGAACAGCUUGAGAAGCUUAGAGUCGUGAUCAACAGUGCCAAGGGCUCCAAGAUUGAAGCAGCAAGACCCCAGAUCCUGGCUGCAGAGGAGAACCUGCACAGUAUGAUCGUGGACUUGGACAAAGUCGUAACCAAAGUGCAGGCGGCCCAGUCUGAGGCGAAGAUCGUGUCUCAGUACAGCGAACUGGUGAAUGAGGCCAAGGCUCAGUUCCAGAGAGAGUUGAGCAGCAUCACUCCUGAAGUCCAAGCAAACUGGAAGGGUCUCACAGGGAAGCUGAGUGCAGAUGACCUGAACUCUUUAAUCGCUCAUGCCCACCGCCGCAUUGACCAGUUGAACCGCGAGCUGGCUGAGCAGCGAGUGCGCGAGCAGAUCCGCAUUGAGGCGGCGCUGGAACAGCAGAAGCAGGAGCACAAGAGAGCAGUGGAGCAGGCCGUGUCCACUGCACUGCAACACAACCGCGAGGAGUUGAGACUUGAUCAGGAGAAGAAAGUGCAGGAGGUGCGGGAGGUUAUGGAGGCAGAGAUGAGGACUCAGUUGCGCCGGCAAGCAGCCGCACACACUGACCACCUGCGAGACGUGCUUAAGGUGCAGGAGCAGGAGCUGCGGGAGGAGGCGCACGAGAAUCUGAACAGUAAGCUGAUGGAACAGGAGACAAACUAUCGCCGUCUGACCCAGGAGCAGCUGGACGCCUUCACGCUGGACAUGAACUCUGCCUACGCAAGGCUCAAGGGCAUAGAGGAGGCCAUAGACAGCCAUGUCAUAGCUGAGGAAGAGGCCCGCAAAGCCCACCAGCUGUGGUUAUCCGUCGAGGCGCUGAACUACACCCUGAAGACAGCAGCUGCCGAUUCGCCCACUGAGCCUCUGGAAGACGCCGUUCGUGCAAUCAAGGAAAGCUGUGCGGAAAAUGAGUUUGCCCAGGCUCUAGCCACAGCUCUGCCUGAAGAAUCUCUGAGCCGUGGGGUCUACAGCGAGGCAUCCCUGAGGGCACGCUUCUAUGGUGUUCGGCGGAUGGCACGGCGCGUAGCGCUGAUCGAUGAAACGCGUAACAGCUUGUACCAAUACUUCCUGUCCUACCUACAGUCCGUCCUCCUCUUUGAGAAGGAGCAGGAGGCGCCACCCGUCAAGCUGGCGCCCCAAGACCUCGACACUUUCAAGCUGCUUGCCUACGCCACCUACAGCAUUGAGCGUGGCGACCUGGAGCUGGCCGCCAAGUUUGUCAACCAGCUACGCGGCGAGGCGCGCCGUGUGGCUCAGGACUGGCUUAAAGAAGCCCGGCUCACCCUGGAAACCAAACAGGUGAUCAGCCUCCUGUCAGCGUACGCCAAUGCAGUGGGUUUAGGUACCACCCAGGCUCCUUAAUCGCCCCACUUUGACAGAGUUGUAAAAAUAUGAGGACUGCUGCCUGUCUGCUACUAACAGCAACCUGCCGCACCUCAGAUUAAUUUAUACAUAAUGUGGCACGCUAGCCAAAGUGGUUUUGUUUUGUUUAUUUUUUAUUUGUUCAAAGCACUUUUGCAAGAAGGCUUUGCCCUGAAAAAUAAUUCUCAAGUGGCCUACCAACCGCAACAUUGUGCUGAAUGUCUACAUGUACCUCUUCUGCAAAUCUAAGGUGACUGUCAGCAGUGGCACUCCAGUGUGCCCUCAGUGCACCUACAGAAGCCCUCCACUCUUUAGUUUUGAGUGACUUUGGCUCAGUACUGCUGUUGGUAGCCUGUCUAAAACUAGUCCGUUCACCGUUUCAAGGUCCACACAUGUAACGCUUCAGGUUCUGUACCCUGGUUGUUUAUUAACCUGGUAUUGGGAAUAAUCAAAUCCAUUUUUGUCAUGCUUUGAUUCUCCACAUCAAUAUUGGGUAUCAAUAAAUCAUGGAUGUUGAGUCAGA